CUUGUUUACAGUACCAGAAUCAAAGUAGAUCUUCUUUUGCGACGCGAAUAUGCAGGCAUGUGAUCCAUCAUAAAAACAGCUCUUGAUUGUUCCCACCUUCUGGCGAGAUAUAUUCGCCACAACAACCACGGCAAUCCGUAUGCAAGAUACCCUAUUCCAGAGUUUGCAGCCCACGAGACCGUCAACAUGUCUUUCAACCCGCGCAUGUCGAUAAUACCGGCAUCGCAAGCAUCGUCACGUACGCAGCGCAAGAAAGAAGAAGAAGCCGAUGCCUUCAUGCGACUUCCGGACAAGGAGAUUGUAGGAUGUAUUACCGACAUAGGAAUCCCUUUCACCGUGGCCGACUUAUCGAAACCCAAUCCCGUCCAGGUCCAGAUGAUUUUCGAAUGGUUCGCCGAGCUUCUCCUCAACGCGACACGCGACACCGUCGAACCUGCCAUGCGCGCCGCAGCUGAGGAUAUUUGCGCCGAUUUUCCAGAUGUGAUCCCGCCGGACACGAGGAAUCUCAUGGGCUUCUACGUCAGCUUGCGCCGGUUGUUAUUGGAAUGCGGCAUCAACGACUUCAGUUUCAUGGACUUGUACAAGCCGACACGCGAUCGACUGGUCAAGAUCUUUAGCUAUCUGAUCAAUUUUGUAAGGUUCCGCGAGAGCCAGACACAAGUCAUCGACGAGCACUUCGACAAGGCCGAAAAGACCAAGGCGCGUAUCGAGAGUCUGUACCAGGAAAACCAGGACUUUGAGGCCCGCCUGGCUGAUAUGAAACACAACCGCCGGACCAUGGAAGCACAAGUACGCGAGAAAAGCGCAAGGAAUGAGGAGUUGAAGAAGAACCUACUAGAGUUGCGACGAAAUCAGGAGAGGGUCGCUGCAAGAUUAGAGGAGGCCAAGGACAAAAAAGGAGAGCUGGCGCAGAGACUGGAACACAGGACCGCUGAGAAGCUGCACCUGAAGCAAGAGAGCACCAAGUUGCGACCGUAUACCCUCCAGAGUCCGACAGCGUUGCAGAACAGCUUGACGGAGCUAAACAGUACCUUGAGUGCGGACAAAUCGCAUAUCGAAACCCUAGAGCGGCGGGCACGGGCUCUGCAAACUUCCACCGACUCCUUCACGGUGGUUGCGGCAGAUGUAGCUUCUUGCAUCAAAACCUUGGAUGAGAUUGCCGACGAGCUGGCUAGGGAAGACGAAGAGAACAAGAAGAAUGCCAAGCAACGUGAUACUCUGACCGACCGUGGAAAUAACGCCAAGCAAAUCGAACGCGAACAGCACCUUCUUGAAAGACAGCUAUCUAAAUGGAAUGAGCGUACAGAGAAACUGCGGGACCAAAGCAGAGAAAAGGCCCAAGAAGCCAAGGAGAAGAUGGAGCAACUGCGUGCCUUGCACAAAAAGCUGACAGAAGAGCGUGCUGCCAAAGGCACCGAGAUCGAGAGGCGGCGCGUUCGCAUAGAACAAACCGAAAAGAAGAUGUUGGACCUGAAGGAGAAUAUUGAGAAUGAAGUGCGCAAUGCACAGGACGAAUACCUGAAGAUGGAGUCGCACAUCAAGCUGUAUAUCACAGAAAUGGACCAGGCCAUCUCUGCCUAGAAGCCUGUUUUCCCCAUGUCUGUACGAUGAAUGACUUGACGAAUAGAUACCCAGCUGGCGUUCGGGAUUUGGUGUCUCCAAAAGAUGCAGGUCAAUGACUGGAAUAUUUUUUGUAUAGUGGCAUUAAAAAAACAUUGUGAUUAUCAG